GGCCUUAGCGCGGAUCCCCAGACCGCUCGCAUCAGCCUUUUUCUAAAGCACCCAACCUCCUCGGCGACCGAAGCAACCACCGAUUUGUUCAACCGUCUGCUAUUGGCGUCAAUCGCAAGAAUCAUACUUUGAUUUGCUCGUACAAUGGCGUCUUACGGCUUACUAGAUCAGUCGGAAGAAGAUGCUCUCCACAAGUCGCGCCUGCUGAACGUCGAAGAGAAACCUUUCAAACGUAUAUCAAAACGACUUUUGAACCCCGAUUCGCUAGUUAUCUCCAAUGCAACCCUUCCUCCCACCCCUCCGCCAGACGGAACAGACGACGAUGCCACCGCAGCAGAGGCAGAGAAACAGAAGAGGCUUGAACAAUGGCGCCAUUUUCGCGAAGAUGUAACACUGGACUUUGCUGCAUUUGAGAGCAGUAUCGCGCGCAUUCAAUUUCUCCUUACGAGCAAUGAGAAGGAACGCGAACGAUAUGCAGCCGAGAAGCUUCGGAUUCUCUCCACUAUGCAAGCCGUACGCGACAACACAGCCGAGUUGAGGGCUCAGUUAGAAGAAGCACAGCGGCUCUUAGCACUGCGGAAAAGCUACGAUGAUUUGGCCGAUAAAAUUACCAGCAACCGUCUCUUAAAGCCGCGGGAAGACCAACAGGCAAACCUACAGAAGCUACAGGCGGAGAUUACUGAACUCGAGAAAGAGAGCAAAGACUACGCGAAGACUUGGGCUGAACGACGAGAACAAUUUGGCCGUAUUGUGGAAGAAGGAAUGCAGCUCCGGCGUCUUAUCAGAGAUGAAAAGGAAGAAGUGGAACGCAGGGAAGGCAUGCAAGAGGGUGAGGAUGGAGAUGACGGCGACGUCCCUUCCAAGGGAAAAUCUAGUGGAGCCAAUACACCACGGCAUGAAUCUGAUAGCGCUACUCCAUCUCAACAAGGGCACGACGAAACGGGCCGUUCACCUGCUGGCCUACAUGCAGAGAGAUUGACAGCAGCAGGGGCAGCAUCGCCCUUACGCCAAGUCACCAUGGCUGAAGAUGAUAAGAAGCAAUCGUCAGAACAGGAUGCUACUAUGGUGGAUGAAGGUGAAGUGACUGGAGAUGAGAAUGCGGAGAAUCCUGAUGAUUUAGAGGAGGGAGAAGAGGUACCUGACAGAAUGGAUAUCACGUAAGCGACAUACACAUCUCUUGAUGUCAUUGCUAUUGAUAUAUCCUUCAUGAGGUAAGGAGUUAUGCUUGGGUGGCGUUAGAUAAUGGUAAUGUUCAUGAUUUAUAAUCUUCUUUUCAUUUGUGAUAUUAGGUGGUUGUAUCUUUAGCAUGGUAGCAUAUUUUGCACUGAUGUCCAAUUGACCUCCUCAGCUGGUGGUCCUCAAGCGAUCUCUCGCUCAGCCGUUCUGGCCUUUGAAAUAGCAUCCUUGGCAGCAUUGAUUUGCUCGACGUUGCUCUCGGGCCCUUUGUUGCCCUCCUCGGUCUGCCACGGAGUGUUAGCCAGAGGGAUCCAAAUUAUGUGAAGCGCAAUUGUCGAAACUGACCAGGAGACCCUGAAGCUUCACUAUCGACUCUUCAAGCUUCUGUUUUAGGCUUGGGAGGACCUUCUUUGUUUCUUCAAGUGCAAGACGCUUCAAUAGGAUUAGCAAAAAUAUUCGUGAUAGCUGUUCGUGGAUGCAGAUACCUCCUGCCUCAACAUAUACUCUU